AUGAAGGAGGAUCACCACUCGCGCCACCCGUGGGGGAUAUUGAAGAGCACUAGUGGUGCUGUUCUUCGAGGCGCCUGGAGGUUUGUGUCCUCGUUCUGUCCCCUUCAAGUCACCCUCCUCCCGAACAGUGGUUGCCACUUGGCAGGCCGCUACUGCCACCAUUCCCUUGGAGCACCACCAGCUCCAGGGCAUGCAUUUUCCGCCCGUUUCGUGAUUCAGUUGGCGGCCAAUCAAUCGGGAAGCAUUUGCACAGCAUCGCUCCUCCUCCCCCUUCCCCUCCUUCUCCUCCUCUUCCCCUUUCUCCGUGGCCCUCCUUCUGCUCCUUCUCUCCCUGAGGCCGCCAUGAGCUGGCGAGCCAAGCUGGCAGUUCAGAACAGUUGUACUACACACUUUGCUUGA